CACCCGACUUCCAGUGUUCAAAAUGGCCUCGUGCUGGUUCUAUGUGAUUUGUGUGGCGUUUGGACUUGUGGUUGGAGUGCCGGUAUAUGAUAUUAAAGAAGAACAUCAGGAACCGCUCUUAGAGGUGGAGGUGUUCAAUAAUUACGUCAUUGUGCGGUGGACUCCAAAGGAAUGGAAUAACGCUACUGAUUAUAAGGUUCAACUAGCUAACAAAUCUUCUUCGGCUGAAAUAUGUGAACAGGAAGUUCAGUGUGAUGCAAUCGAAUGUGAAUUCACAAGCAACGUGAACACAACUUGUGAACUUACCCCAUGCACCAAUAUAACAAUAACGGUUACCGGGAAUAACGUAACUUCAACUUCGGACGUUGUCACAGCACCAGCACCGAAACUCGAAGUCGGGACCAAGAUCAUAGACAACUAUCUUAUUGUGUUAUGGAAUGAAACCCCGGAAACUUCUUAUAGAGAGUGCCAUGUUUCCACUAUAGUCGAAGCGACCUUCGCCAGAACGGGAUCCAUUACUCAGAUCAAAGAAAGCCAAGUGGACCGCGUUCUGUUGCCCUUGUCUCAGUGCGAUACUGGGGCUGGGAAGGUACGCGUCAUAUCUGUAGGCGGAAACGGGUCGAGUGAGCCUAAGGAAGCCACCUUCAAUUUCGAAGAUAGUGCUCUCGUCACUCCCCUUGUGGGAUCAUUGGAACUAAGUGCCACAUGCGACACCAUAGAAGCAACCUGGGAGUUGCUUGACUGGUGUUCUUACCUCGCCUGGUUUAGGGUCACCUUAGAGCCCUUGGGGACGGUCCAAGCCACGCUAGAUUAUAACGAUACCAGCGCUAUUUUCGAAGGGCUCGACAUAGGCACUAACUACGAGGUGUGCGUCCUGCCGGUAGAUAGCAACGGCGUUGAGCUUGCCUCGAACAUCUGCAGCACCACAAAAACAACUAUUCCUGCCGUGGAAGACCUUGUAGCUGAAGCAGUAAAUCAUACAGCAAUUCAAGUUUCCUGGUCCCCGAGCGAAUGUAACAUGUCAGAGCCUCUACUUUACGAAAUUGAAGUUGUCGCCUGCAAUAAUUUCACAAAUGAAACUUGUUCAGGAAAAAUGUUUGUAAACUCGACUACAGAACUUAACUACACACAAACAGGACUAGAACCCCAUACCGAGUAUCAUGUAUCUGUGAUUACCAUAUAUUCAAGCGACUCCAUUUACCAAACCGAUGAUUUUGUCAUCACUCUUCCUAUGGCCCCUUAUGACCUCCAAGCAUUCCUUCAAGACCCUUCGACUAUCUAUAUGUCGUGGGAUUACCUUGAUGAUCUCGCAGAAAAUCAAACGUACGGCCUCAGCUGGAAGCUAGAAGGCUCAGACAUGAUAUACAGCGAUACCACAACGUUGAAAGAGUACGUCAUCGAAGGAUACAACGGAACAGGGACGACUCUCCUGUGUGUCACCGUUACCCUUGAUGUGACAACGAGCCUUCCGGAAUGUAAUGAAUUCCGGCUCUACUAUCUAGAAGAUGAUUUCGGACUGAUUCUUGGCCUGAUGUUAGGCAUUCCCCUUAUCUUAUUUGCCAUCGGUCUCGUUCUGGCUCAGGUCUUCAAAAUACAGCUUGCGGACGUAUUCCCAGGAGUGUAGUAUUCCUGGAACUUUUUCAUAGAACGUUGUAGUGAAAAAUGUUGAUAUACUGAAUAAAUGUUGUUCAUUAAUGUAGGGUAAAGAAAAUUGUUGCCCAGUUCGCAAAUGUUUUGUCUUCUUAUAAUGCACUUGUAAUAAAAUAUGUAUAGAAUA